AUGGCCAAAACCAACUUGAUCAUUUCCUUCCUCCUCCUCCUCUCUUUCUUUUCCUCAUCUCUUGCGGAUUACUCAACACCAGACUCCAUUUGCAGCUUAACCCCACACCCAAACUUUUGCAAAUCAUUCUUGCCCUUCAGCAACAACAACAACCCUCUAGCCCCAUCAUCUCUCCAUGACUAUGGAAGAUCCUCACUCUCCCAUUCCUUAUCCCAUGCCCAAGAUUUCCAUUCCAUGGUUGACCAUUUCUCAAGUGCCAUUCCUUCCACUUCCUACUCAAACCCCCUUCAAGACUGUCACCUCCUCUCUGAGCUCAACAUCGAUUACCUCUCGCAAGCCUGCGAGGCUGUAAAGGGCAAGGACACGUUCCUCGAGGGCUACGAAGCCGAUGACCUCAUGACAUGGCUCAGUUCCACCAUCACCAACCAAGAAACUUGCUUGGAAGGUCUUUCACAAUACUCAGCAUCACCCUUCAAAAAUGCCAUGUUCCCACACCUCUAUGAUGGGGAACUUUACAACAGUGUCUCCCUUGCACUGUUCAAGCACGGGUGGGUACGAGACGAUUACCAGCCAUCUGGUGCUGGCAAUAACGGCAGGUGGCUGGCUGAGAGCGAGCAGAUCGUGUCGAAACUGGCCAGGAGCAGAAGCCACCACCUCCUGCCGAGGAGGAGCCACCGCCCCACGAAGGGGAGGAGCCUCGUCGUGGCGGAUGGGAUUCAAGUGAGUCAGAUCGUGGUGGUGAAUCAGUACGGGACGGGUAAUUUCAGCACCAUCAGCGACGCGGUCGCCGUGGCGCCUAACAACACGGAGCUCGUCGAUGGGUACUACGUCAUCCACUUGAUGGCCGGCGUGUACGAAGAGUACGUCUCGAUUCCUAAGCAGAAGCGUUACAUUAUGCUGAUCGGAGACGGGAUCAACCAGACCGUCAUCACGGGGAACCGAAGCGUGGUCGAUGGUUGGACCACCUUCAAUUCCGCCACAUUUGCCGUGCUAGGCCGAGGUUUUGUGGCGGCGAACGUGACGUUUAGGAACACGGCCGGACCAUCCAAGCACCAGGCCGUGGCGGUGAGGAACGGCGCCGACAAGUCGACGUUCUACAGCUGCAGCUUCGAAGGCUACCAGGACACACUCUACGCGCACUCCCAGAGGCAGUUCUAUAGAAACUGCGACAUCUACGGCACCAUCGACUACAUCUUCGGCAACGCGGCGGCGGUGCUGCAGAACUGCAAUAUCUACUCGAGGCGCCCCAUGGACAACCAGUUCAACACGGUGACCGCACAGGGCAGGACCGACCCGAACCAGAACACGGGCACGUCGGUCCAAAACUGCGCCGUUUUGGCGACUGAGGACUUGAAAACUUCCAAUGUGACUACAAAGACGUACCUAGGGAGGCCGUGGAAGGAGUACUCGACGACGAUCGUGAUGGAGUCUUUUGUCGACGGGUUGAUCGAUCCUGCUGGCUGGACUCCGUGGAACGAGUCGAGCUUCGCGCUCGACACGCUCUACUACGCGGAGUUCAAUAACACGGGGCCCGGUUCGAGCACCCGUGACAGGGUGCACUGGCUGGGGUACCAUGUGGCUAAUGAGACCGAUGCUAAGAAUUUUACGGUUUCCAAGUUCUUGGGAGGGAAUUCGUGGCUGCCGCAGACUGGAGUGCCUUACACUGCUGGCUUGAACUAA